AGAAUUUACAAUCUGUUCAGAGAUUAUUACCAUGUUUUGUUUACAGAUGGCGACUGUUGCUUAUCGGUUUACAUAUUCAAAUAUCUUUCCUGUUUAAUAUGUUGAAUGAUAAAAUGAAGAUCUUGUUGUAAAAUGGCAACACAUUUCAUUUGUCAAGCUACAGAACCUCUUCCACACAGAUUUCCUACAACAAGGGCCCCUGAGAAAGGUCAUGGAGCUGUUUCACAGUAUGAACUAUUAAAUCUUAGUGACAAGGCACACUGUCGUUUCCCUCCACCAGGAUGGGAUACAUCGCAGAGCUCAGAAGAUUCCUUACCCCUAUACAGAGUUCCUGUCCCAUCAUGGAAAACAGCUGCCAAUUUGGUUGGACCAGAUCCAGAUCUUUGUAUAACUCCUGAAAAAUCAUCAGCAGGGAAAUUUAACAAUCUACAAGGAAGACAAUUCAAUGCCCCUGUGCCAACCAAAGUUAGCAGGAACACUUUAAUUGACCCUGAUUUGGACUUGACCUUGACCCCAGAAAAAGCCUUAGAAACCAAUGACAAAGAACAUAAAAGUAAUUUAAGAAAUGGGGUUUGUGAAGAUGGAAAGUUCAAGGGUCAACACAGGGUAAGAUUUGAAUUGGAUGACUCUAAAGGAUCAAGUGAGGGUGGGGAUCAGGAUUCUUCGUUUCUGUUUUCAAGAUGUCGUCCAGGAAAGCCAUACAAACCAGCAUCGUAUAGUGAUGAUAAUGCUAAGGAUCUCAUUGAUUCCUUGUCUAAAAGUGAAAACAAAUCUCAAAAUAAACCAACUCAAUAUACAGUAAAUAAGGUGAAUAAUAAAACUGUUUAUGUUCCUCUACAUGGCAGUGACCAAUCAAAGGAAAUGAAAUUAGCCGAUCAUUUUGAUAAAAAAUCAACAAAUCAGGAUCAAACAAAUACUGUUAGUAAACAUGAACAAACCUCAGUGUUACCUGAAGUUAUAUACAAUGAACAAACUGAUACCAGACCUGUCUGCCAUAUACAAAAUCAUAAAACUCAGGAAACCAGAUCAAAACAUAAAGACAUUAGGAAACCAGAUUCUUCUUCCAACUCUGAGAAAGAACAGGUACAUAUAAAGGGUCAAGGAGAAUCUGCCCCAAAACGCAAAGUUAAAGUUAAAAGAGAGACGGCAGGCCAGCCUCCUUUAUCAGACUAUAAUUAUCCAUUUUCGGACGGUAUGCCAGACACCUCAGAAUAUGAACAUGUGUUUAAAAGGCCUGAGUACAACAGUACUCUUAGGAUGCGAACAGAACUACAGCAGAUAAAAGACAGUGAAAUUGAUGUAGCGAAAGCUUUAGAGAAGAAAUUACAACUGUCUGAUACAAAGAAAACAGAAAUAACAGAAAAGGCUACAUCAAAAUUGAACACAAAAGACAGCAUGUAUAGUGGAUUGGUAAGCCUGGAGAUUCCUGUGGAGGACUUAUGUAAUCAAGUAGAGCAGACUAAAUCUAGCAAAGUAUCUAGUAAAACAAGCAGGCCCAAAUCUCAGACAAUGAAACAUUCCAAUGAACCAGAUUUGAUGGAAUUCUUCACUGCAGAGUUACAAAAAGAACAAGGAGAGUUUUCACUUCCUGGUCUAUCAACUCCAUCAGAAUCCUUAUCUACAGCUAGUCAUUUUAGAGCUUUUGAUUUAUACCGUCACAACAGAGUAUGGGACAAUAAUAGCUACUUCAGUGUAAAGAAAAAGUGAAACAAAUAAUUUUUAGAGGGAUUUAUAAUAAUUUGUGACUUUUUUGUACAAGAUUGUGAAUACUGUAAAGGAGUUGUAGAAUCUAAUUUUGGAUCAUUAAUUCAUAUAAAGAUUUUAAAGUGAAGUUUUCAAUUUUUGUCAGAUGUUUAAGGAAGAAAAAAAUCUAAAAUCAAUUUCAUUUCUUGAAUCAGAUAUCCCCAGGGGCCCUGAAGAUUAUCAAGAUGUUUCAUAUUUAAGAUUAAAAAUAUCCCUUAUCUUCCAAAAAGAGAAAUUCCUCAUAUUUCAAACUUGAAAUGAAACUAUUCUAUACCCAAAUCCUAAAAAGGUUUUCUAAUGGUUACAGUUAAAACCUUUAAAAAUCUUAAUGGACAUAAAUGUAUUUUUCUUGAACAAAUAUUGUUUCGGUGCAAGCUUGAAAACAAAACAUUUUUUUCAACAAAAACAACACAUCCAUUAAAUUAUUGCAAUUGCAAAAUUCUAAUGUUUCUCCGGAGUUUAAAUUUUGGGCAUGCAAUAAGGUCACCUUUUUAAAAAUAACCAAGGUUUAGAAACUGGUU